GGAAACCGGUGCCACGUGUCCCGAAACCCCAAACUUCCCCCUCUUCCGUUUCCGCCCUUUCUCUUUUCUUUCUAUUUGUGUUCAUGGCGGAAGACACCUCGGACGCCAGCCCCACUUUUAAAUGCGGUUUACUGCCCCACCCUCGCGCACGACAACAAAUCCGAGCGAACAACAGAAACGAGAGAUUAUAAAGUACCCAGGAAAAAAUUCACAAAAAAGAAAAAUAUUGGAAGAGGCGCAAAUCGAGAACACAUUUUCGGUCCCCUCCCUCAAAACCCUAACCCUAAUUUCUCCGCGCCGAAUCGAUCGAUCGAUUACUCAGUUUUUGUGAGAUGUCUCCAGCAUCAAAAUCCAAGUCCAAAGAUAAGACAGCUGCAAGGGCAGUCAAGGAGCAGCCAAAAUGUUCAAAACCCUCUGUUGCAUCUGUAAAUGGUGGGAAUGGAGUUACAGCAGUAAGUGGAUACAAUCCAAUCUCGGGUACAUUUCAUGCCCUUGAGACUCUUCCAACGACUGCUACGCCUACAACACAAAGCAAUGGUCGAUUUCGAACCAUAGAUGAAACAGAUGAGCAUUCUGGUAGUUCACUUGUUACAACAGCUGAAUAUGAUUCUCUGUCGAAUAAUGAUAGCUGUUCCGGUGAAUCAGAAGACCAACAAAAGGAGAAGAAUACAGUCAGCAAUACAUCUCAGUCGGUUCCUGGCUCUGAUAUUGACAAGCGAGAAAAGAUAAGACUGAAGAACGAGAAAAAGCACCAGCGACAGAAGGAAAGGCGAGCCCAGGAGCUUCAUGAGCGCUGCUGUAGCUACCUAACAUCACGAAAACUUGAAUCUCUGGCUCAGAAGCUUGUGGCUAUGGGCUUCACAUCCGAGCAGGCAACCAUGGCUCUCAUUCAAAAUGAAGGCCGUGUUGAUGACUCAGCAUUGUGGCUUCUUGAAGGGGGCGAUGAAAGCAAACGACAAGCUGCAUCAAAUCUUGACGGAGCUAGUCCCAAGCUUGACAUAGCAGAUGAGCUAGCGAAAAUUGCUGAGUUGGAGUCGAAGUUCAAGUGCACAAAGCAAGAAGUUGAAAGGGCUAUCGUUGCCUGUGAGGGUGAUUUGGAGAAGGCAGAAGAGACUAUGAAGGCACAGAAGCAAGACACUGCAGCUGCUCCUACAAAUUCUGAAUCAGCCGUAUAUAGUAGUAGGUUACCAACCUCUAGCCCAAACUCUGCUACAAGAGCACAAGUGAAAGGAAUCUCUCCAGCAAAUGUCCUGUUACAGAGAAGGGAUGAAAGGGAUUUAAAUUACACGAAGUCAACGAUAGCAGGAGCAGCUCAAAUGGAAUCAGCAAGCAAAAUUUUGCAGCAUACCGCCUUGAGAAAAGUACCAUCUAAGCAAGAUUGGACGAAAUCACAAGCUGUAGUUCCUCCUCUUGAAAAGAAAUAUUCAUUGCAGGUUGCAGCAGCACAAGCAAAGGCAGAAACCCCUUAUAUCUCUUCCGCUGGCAAUGAAAUCAAGCCAAACUUACUUCAAGGAACAUUGAGAGAACCGAUCUUCAUGAUGCAGCGACCACAGUCAAAUGACAAAAGGCAAAAUCUCCUCCCAGUGAAUGUCGGUCUCAGUGCUUCAGUUCCAGCAUCAACUGGAGGGUAUCCCAAUAUGAUCAAGUUUGCCAAUGGGGAUUUUGGGCAGCAGCUGAGGAACUUGGCCUUGGCUGGGUCUAGUAAUCCUCAGCAGUUUUAUCCCAUAUCAUCGACUUCAUACACAACUACUAUUAGGUCAUUAUCCUCAUCGUCACUGUCUAUGCCUUCUUCAUCGCUGGGGCUGUUCACCGGAUGGGGAUCUUCUGGGUCUUCUGGCGCAUCAUCGCCUGUUGACUGGAGUACUCGUGGGUCGAUACCUCAGUGUGACUAUACAAGCAUAGAUUGGAGCUUGGAUUCGACAGAGUUGACAUCAUCAUCAUCAUGGUCAUCGUCAAUAAAGGGCGAACGGUUGUAUGAUAAUUCAUGGCAUGCUUCAUACGCACCAUCGCAAUUUGCUGCUGCUGUCGAGCAUCCUGCACAGGCUGCAGGAUCUCGAGAGUGGACCUCUCCAUUUGCCGGGAAGGACAUCUUUAGGGUUCCUAGGCAGUUUGUUACAUCCCCAUCUCCAUAGGAGAUGAUGGACGUUUGGAAAUGGUGACAGGAAUAAAAUGGAAAAUGGAACUGAGUGGUUGAAAAUUGUUUUCUGUUUGCUUUGAAAAGCUUUGGUGAUCUUCAGUUU